AUGCGUUUCGCUCAGCUAUUGCCCGCCCUGGUGCUCAUUGCCAGGGGCGCCGCGCAGGACGAUGCCGGAGACCAAGUCAAGGUCGAGGUCGAAGCGAAGCGAUUCAUUGUCGAAUUCGCCAGCGGUGUCCGCUCAAAGACCAAGCGUGACGAGCUCCUAUCCGAAAAGGGGAUCAGGGUGCUCAAGACCUUCGAGUCCGCCGUCUUCUCGGGCGCAAGCCUCGAGACAGACAACCACAACCUCGACACGCUCCGCGUCCUCCCCGACGUCGUGGGCGUCUGGCCGAACAGCAAGGCCAGGCUGAUUGCCCCCGUCAAACGCCAAGUCAGCGUCGACCCCGGCACCGCUGACGCGCACGCCGUGCACUGGGCUACGGGCGUCGACGAGCUCCAUAAGGAAGGCAUCCUCGGCCAGGGCGUCAAGGUCGGGAUCGUGGACACGGGCGUAUGGUAUAAGCACGCCGCGCUCGGAGGAGGGUUCGGCCCGGGGUUCAAGGUCGUCGGCGGCUGGGACCACGUCGGCGACGGGUGGAAGGUUGGCGCGGCGAAGAAGCCUGACGCGGAUCCUGCUGAUGAGCAGGGCCACGGCACUCACGUUGCGGGCAUCUUGGCUGGGGAGUCCGAGUCGGGGUGGACGGGCGUGGCGCCCAAGGCGAGUCUGUAUGCGUACAAGGUCUUUGGGUCGGGCGAUGGGACCGACCAGGCGACCAUUAUCGACGCGUUCCUCCGGGCGUACGACGACGGGAUGGACGUCAUUACGGCCAGCAUCGGCGGCCGAGGCGGGUUCGCGAACAACGCCUGGGCGGUGGUGGCGAGCCGGAUCGCCGCGCAGGGCGUCGUUGUCACCAUCGGCGCCGGGAACUCGGGCAACGGCGGGCCCUACUAUGCCAGCACUGGCAGCUCGGGCGAGAACGUCCUCAGCGUGGCGAGUGCGGAGGUCAGGAGGAACUCCACGGGGGACACGGUCCAGCCGUCGUAUUUCACGAGCUGGGGCGGACUGUACGAUCUCUCGGUCAAGCCCGACACUGCGGCGCCCGGCACGGACGUGUUCAGCACCUGGCCGGGAGGCGACGACAACCAGUUUGUCUUGCUGAGCGGCACGAGCAUGGCGACGCCGUACGUGGCGGGCGUGGCGGCGUUGUACAUCUCCCAGCAUGGCGGAAGGGGUGUGCACGGCAAGGACUUUGCAAAGGAUCUCGCCAUGCGCAUCAUCUCGUCCGGGGCGUCGCUGCCGUGGCUGUUGUACGGUGGCGGUGCGGACUCGGCGUUCAGGGCGCCGUCGCAGCAGGUUGGCGGAGGACUCGUCGACGCGAAGAAGGUCGUCAAGUACGCCACUAGCUUGGAGCUCCGGCGGUUCGGGUUGAACGACACGCUGCACUUCCGAGCUGACCAGGGGGUUGCGGUGAGGAACACCGGCAAAGAGAGAGUGAAGUACCGAUUCGAGGUGGAGAGCUGGGCCGGGGUCGAGCUGCUCAACCCGUACGACGAACGGGAUCCGGCGGAGACGCCGAGGAUUCGAUAUCGCCCCGAGAUAGUCCCAGCAAACAUCUCCGUCGACAUUGGUCUACCGGGCGAGUUUGAGUUGGGACCCGGGGAGGAGAGGAAGGCAAAGUGA